AUGGCCAUCAACGAUUCAAGCGUUCCAAAUGGCACGCCACAGACGAAUGGCAGUGGCAGCACCAAUGGAGCAAAUCAUCAUGAUAUGAAGCAGGCUUCUUCGACAUCGACAUCUCCCGUGCCGAUUGCGGUCGUUGGUAUGGCCUGUAGAUUUGCUGGAGGUGCUACUAGUGCAGAAAAGUUAUGGGACCUAUGUGCUUCUGGUCGGGAUGCCUGGUCUCGAAUUCCUGAAUCCCGGUUUGACGUGGAGUCAUUCUAUGAUGCAAACAGUGAGAAGCCAGGGAGAAACCAUGCUACUGGAGGUUAUUUUUUACAAGAAGAUGUUGGUCUUUUUGAUGCUGGGUUCUUUAACUUUACAAGCGAAGUGGCUGGUACUAUGGAUCCUCAGCUUCGAUUACUACUAGAAGUGGUAUACGAGGCAACAGAAGAUGCUGGCAUUCCUCUUGAAAAGCUCGCGGGGCCGGGACCCAACACAUCCGUCUUUACGGGGUGCUAUACCAAAGAUUACCAUGAUCUGCAAACUCGAGAUCCAGAAUCAAUGCCGCCGUCAACGCUGACGGGUAACUACACAGCGAUGUUUUCCAAUCGCGUAUCUCACUUUUACGACUUCCAGGGAGCCAGCAUGUCGAUAGACACAGGUUGUUCGGCUGCAUUAGCGGCUCUACAUCAAGGAUGCCAGACUAUUCGUUCAGGAGAGUCGGAUAUUUCCAUUAUUGGUGCAUCAAAUACCAUUUUAAAUCCAGAUAUUUACAUCGCCAUGUCUUCAUUAGGCAUGGUUGGUGAAGAUGGGCGGUGUUACGCGUGGGAUUCUCGUGCUCAGGGUUACGGUCGCGGCGAAGGCGUGGCUGUCAUCGUCUUGAAAUCCCUUGAAGCUGCUUUGCGUGAUGGCGACAGAGUGCACGCAGUGAUACGCAACUCAGGGCUCAACCAAGAUGGCAAGACUAAUACCAUCACAUCUCCAUCGAUGGAUGCGCAGAUACGGCUCAUAAAGGACACCUAUCGGCGUGCUGGUCUUGAUAUAUCUGACACCGGAUAUGUUGAGGCUCAUAUGACUGGAACAAAGGCCGGAGAUGCUACAGAGGCUGAAUCCCUGGCCCGGACAUUUGGGUCGAGCCGUCCUUCUGACGAUCCCGUGUGGAUUGGCUCAGUGAAAACAAACGUCGGGCACACUGAGGGUGUCAGUGGGCUUGCUGGAAUCAUCAAGGCAGCCAUGGCAAUGAAGUACAAGUCGAUUCCACCCAACCUCAAUUAUAUCACAGGCAACCCAAAGAUUCCUCUUAAAGAUUGGAAUCUGCAAGUGCCCACGCACCUUGUCUCCUGGCCGAACGAUAAGCCGCUGCGGGCAUCUAUCAAUAACUUUGGAUAUGGUGGAACUAACGCACAUGUGAUUCUGGAAGGGGCACCUGAACAGGCGCUUACGGAUAUUAGUGGGAAAAGCUCUGGUGUUGCCACAGAGGAUGUGUCGAGGCUCUAUGUCCUCAGCGCCCAAGAUUCAGCUACUGUUAAAGCUCAAGCGAAGAAUCUAUCAACCCAUCUUAGAAGCAUUGAGUCGAAAGCGAAACCAUCAGCAGUUGACGUGGCCUUCACACUGGCCGAAAGACGAUCGCGGCUUUCCUGGAUGACGACUGUACGGGCUAGUAAUCUGGAUGAUUUGGCUCUUCGACUUGAGGAGGACUCAGCAAUAAAGGUAUCACACCUUCCGACGAACAAACAAGCACCCAGACUUGGGUUCGUUUUCAAUGGCCAAGGAGCACAGUGGCAUGCCAUGGGCCGGGAACUGAUUCAGGCAUACCCCGUGUUCGAUGAUGCUAUCGAGAAAGCGGAUGUUGCUUUAAAAGCACACGGAGCUGACUGGUCUCUAAGAGAGGAGCUUUUGCGGGAUGCCAAGUCAACCCGUGUGUCUGAGAUUCACCUCGGUCAGCCGAUUACGGUGGCGCUACAGAUUUGCUUGGUGAUUCUACUCCGCUCGUGGGGUAUCAACCCUUCGGCAGUUACCAGCCAUUCCAGUGGUGAAAUCGCUGCUGCGUACGCUGCCGGCGUGCUCUCAUUUGAGCAAGCGCUUGGUGUCACCUACUGGCGUGGCGAGUUGGCGCGUACGUUGCUCGACCAGAAGAACUCCGGUGUCGUUGGGAGCAUGGCUGCUGGAGGCUUAGGGCCGGAUGAGGCAGAGAAGUAUGUCGCCAACACGUCAUCCGGAGGACGUGUUGUUGUGGCCUGUGUCAACAGUCCUCAAAGUGUCACUCUUUCAGGAGAUGUAGAUGAUCUUGACGAGGUCAUUGGCCGUCUCGAAGCGGACGGAAAGUUUGCUCGCAAACUCAAGGUUCCUCUAGCCUACCACUCUCAUCACAUGUUGCUCAUGGCAUCGGCGUACACCGAAAAACUACUCGAAAUUGUUCCACGGAAGCCCAAGUGGUCCAGCGAUAUAAUAUAUACAUCGCCCGUCACUGGUGGAAUUAUCACAUCCCCUGAAGCGCUAACCCCUGAUCACUACGUGAAAAACUUGACAAGUCCUGUCCUCUUUAGUCAGGCCUUUGAGAGUAUGUGCUUCGGUUCAGAUGGCAAAUCGCAAGCUCAAGUAGACAUUAUCGUGGAGAUAGGUCCACAUAGCACACUGGCAGGCCCCAUCCGACAGAUCCUUCAGAAGCGGAAACUGGCUUAUGUUUCCUGUCUUAAACGGCCUGUCGAUGCUGUUGAAACUAUGCAAGAUCUUGCAGGUGACCUCCUUCGUUCUGGUUAUCCUGUCUCCCUAAGCGCAAUUAACCACUAUGAAUCAGCGGGAACAACACCAAAUUUCGUACCCGACUUACCAACCUAUCCAUGGAAUCAUGCUACCCGCUACUGGGUAGAAUCUCGCGUCAAUCAGGAUAUUCGCCACAAAAAGUUUCCUCCACAUGAACUUCUCGGGCUUCCGAUAUCUGGAGCUGUUACACCAUCAUGGCGUAACUUUCUGCGCCUUACUGACUUGCCAUGGGCAGCAGAUCACCGUGUUGAAGGCGCAGUUGUACUUCCUGGCGCAGCUUAUAUAUCCAUGGCUAUUGAAGCAGUACGACUCAUCACUGAUCCAUCCGAAAAGAGCAUACGGGGAUAUCGUGUCCGAGAGGUUGAAUUCCUCAGCGCUUUGACUAUUCCUGAGGCGUCUUCUUCAUCAGGCGGCGUUGAAACGCAUAUCCGCCUGCAUCCCUGUCAUGAAGAUGGUUUUGCCGGUUGGCAUAAAUUCGACGUUCGUUCAUUGGGAGCCAAUGGCGUAUUGGUGGAAAAUUCGCACGGUUUUGUCAAAUCCGUUAGUGACGCAGACGAAGUCGAAGACGCUAUUAUUCCCGAAAAGACAACUUUCUUGGGCGCUUCAAAGUUUGGAACGAAGAAAGCAAAUAAAAUACACGAGAUUCCUGGCCCUACGUUGAGAGCGCAUGUGGCGGAGAUGGGCAUCGAGUAUGGACCUACCUUCCAAGGUGUGACGAGUGGCAGUGCAUCCAAAGCCAACAGCAGAGCCAUAACACACCUUGACAUUAGUUCACUAGACCUGGAUGCAGAAGAUGCAGCCUCGAAGCAGCCCCAGAGUCUGACUUCAUAUGUCAUACACCCAACAACACUUGACUGCGUCGUGCAAGCAAGUUAUAGCAAUCUGCCUCAGGGAACAGGCAAGACGUCGAUGGUUCUGCCCAGGUCAAUACGGGGCUUGUUUGUCCCCAAAUCGUUGAAUAGACAAGCAGGCAAGAGUCUUGUUGUCUUCAGCGAGCUCCGUGGUGCGAUACAGAAGGGUUUCACUUCAAAUCUAUCUGUUAUAAAUGGCGAAGAUGAUGGGAAUGGAACUGCGCUUCUUGAAAUCGACAGUCUCUUCUGUCAGGCAAUUCCUCGUGCUAUAGACGAUGGCCCUGAUGUCUUGGUUAGCGAAAGUCGUUGGGUGCCAGAUAUACUAUAUGAUAUCCCCGAGUCGGUGAAGAACGAGAUGCGCAUCACAUUAAGUGACGAGGAUAUUGAUCGAGAGAAGAAGCUUUUACGAGCCACAUACUACCUGAUAUCUGACGCUUUAUCGGUGCUUGAAAAUCAGGGUUCAGAUUCCUGGGCACCUCACCUUCUUGCGUUAUUCAACUGGAUGAAAAAAGUCGUGGCUCUGGGCAAGAGUGGACAGCUGGCUCCAGGAAGCAAAGUAUGGGCAAGGGCUAGCAAGGGAGUCAAACAGUUGUUGUUUGAUGAACUCAGAGCGACAAAAGGAAGCAGCAGCGAUCUUCUUGUCUGUAUUGGCCAGAAGCUAGCAGAUAUCAUUCGUGGGGACAUUGACGUCGUUGAAGUCUUACAAGUUGAUGAAAGCAGCCAUCUGCAAGCCCAAUUUUGCCAUGGAUUGCCGAGCACCCAGUCGAGAAGCAAUAAGCAGCUAGCAAAGCUGGUACAACUUUUGGCCAUCAAGAAUCCCGGUGUGAAAAUUCUCGAACUUAACGCUGGGACUGGAGGAUUAGCUCGGUCAGUCCUGGAAGCACUGGAACAUGACGGAAAUGGAGGAAAUCUCGUCGGAAAAUACAUUUUUACUGAUGCUUCCGAUGCCCUUUUUGACAUCGCCAAGCAAAAGUUGAAUGCUUGGACCAGCGUGCUUGAUUUCCAAAAGCUUGACAUUGCAGAUGCUGAAUCUUCACUUGGAAACUUGGGAGAACACAGCAUGGAUCUGGUCAUUAUUUCUACGCCUUUGUAUGCUACGAAUGAUGUGCAGCAAAAGUUGAACAACAUUCGGAAAUUGCUCAAACCAAGAGGCAAAUUUCUCUUCAUCGAGCAAACGCAUGAUCGUCUCGACGCGCAACUUGUUUUGGGCACACUGCCUGGCUGGGAGAAAAAUGGCGAACCGAUAUUUGCAAGCAAAAUUGAGGACCUGAACGAUUUACUUCGCGCGAAUGGUUUCACAGGAACGGACUUCAGCAUACUGGACUGCGAGCAAUCUCAAUAUGAAAGAGCAACAGUUGUUUUGACUACCGUUGCCUCUACGCAGGACGUAGUUGAUGAAUCCGCAUCAGUUAAUGUCAGCAUCGUCGUCGACUCAUUGGCAUCCAGUUCCCAACCAUGGCUCUUGCAAUUGGCGCAGGCUAUCCAGACUGAGAUGCGAAUCCAGCCCGUGAUAGAAAGCAUCCAUGAAGUGCAGCCAGACGAGAACAAGGCCAUAAUUUUCGCUGUCGACAUUACGAGUGACGAGACUCUGCUCGAUACGCUAGACCAAACCACAUUUGAUAAAUUGAAAAACAUACUCCUAAGCAGCCCUUAUGCCCUCUGGCUCACUAAAGGUAGUAUAGAUGGGCCUGAGCCAGCAUCCUCACAGGUGCAAGGUCUUUUGAGAACGGCUCGCCAAGAAGACGCGAGCAAAUCUUACAUUUUACUCGAUUUACCGUAUGAGUGGACGGUUGCAUCUGAAGAGAGCAUUAAGCAAAUUUCUUAUGUGUUCCAACAAACCUUUACCGCUAGAGAUGGCAAUGGCGACAUCGACAGCGAAUACGCGGUUAUCAACUCGGCGCUUCACAUCCCACGAAUCUACCCCAUAAGAUCUGAUAAAAAUGACAAGUUUGAGGUCGAAGAGGUGUUGAGCUUCCAGCAGCCCGACCGUGUUCUCGUGUGGGAGCCCUCAACUCCCAAGGGCCCAAGCUUUGUUGAAGAUGUUACUGGUGUUGCUGCUGAUGUCCCCAACGGGUUCGUCGAGGUCGAAACAAGGGCUUUUGGCUUGAAUCAUCACCACUCAAACAGUGAUGAUGAACAAAAAGCCGGCGUUCACGAAAUUUGCGGUAUCAUCACACGUCUGGGUCAAGAUACCGAAGCUAGUGGUCUUCAAGUGGGCGACGCAGUCUGCGGCAUAGUCAAUGGGCCAUUCUCAAACAAGAGGCAAGUUGCCUGGUCCAGCGUGACAAAGUUACCUGAUAAUCUGUCUUUGGAAGACGCGGCAGCGAUCCCAAUAGCGUUUGUUGCAGCGCAUCAUGCACUUGUUCAUAUUGCAAGAGUUCAAAAAGGCGACAAGGUUCUCAUUUUGCACGCGGCCGAUAGCCCCGAUGGCCAAGCGCUUUUCACAAUUGCCAAGCAAAGGGGGCUUGACAUAUUCGCUAUCACGAACGGCAAAGAGGCAGAAGUGCAGCUGCUUACCACCAAGUACAAUCUCUCGACAGAUCGCAUACUAUCAAGGCAAGAUAAACGAGCAUUGGUUGAGGUCAUCGCAUCACAGACUCGUGGCGAGGGCGUAAAUGUUGUUGUCAGCAGCCCGACUUUUGCGCUUUCGGACUUUAUCCUGCGAUAUGCUCCAGAGGUCGUUUCGCACUUUGGUCACUUUAUACAUGUUGGCGAUUCGGUUACUUCUUCUGAUACGUCCUUGUUAAACGCACGAUGUGUUCAGUAUGCGCGGUUUAAUGCAGCGCAACUGGCUGAGUACAACAGUCAGUUGAUGAGGGAAUCAUUACAAGAGAGCCUUCACAUCAUCUCCAACUCUCCUUCGAUAUCCGAGCCGCCCAUCACAUCCGUAACGCGACUACCCAUCUCCCAGCUCAAUGAAGCCCUGCAACAAGCGAAGCAGACGAAAAGAGUCGAUGGCAAGAAAAUCGUCAUUGCCUCUCAAAGCAGCGACUUGGUGAAGAUAACAUCACACACACGGCCCCUCUCAUUAGAUAACAAGAAGGCGACAUACCUUGUUGUAGGCGGCGUUAGUGGUAUUAGCGGUGCUAUAAUAUCUUGGAUGAUAUCGAAAGGGGCUAAAAACAUUGUUGCUGUGUCUCGCAACGUAGAAGGUAACCCUGGCGCGGUAUCACUUCUGCAGGAUGCUGAAGAGGCAGGGUGCAACCUUCAACUGCGCAACUGCGACAUCUCGAGCGAAGACGGCUUUUCUGAGUUUCUGCGGCAGAUAUCGACGUCUUUGCCUCCAAUUCGUGGGGUUGUGCAUGCUGCUGCCGUCUUAGAGGACACCGUUUUGGAGCGCAUGACCUUUGCGCAAUGGCGACGUGCAGUAGAGCCUAAAGUUGCGGGUACUAGAAACCUUCACAAACACUUGCCCAAAGAUGUCUCUUUCUUCGUGCUUCUUUCAUCUAUUACCGGUGUGGUAGGACACUCUUCGCAGGCAAACUAUGCCGCUGCCAAUACCUUUGAAGAUGCUCUGGCCCGGCAUCGUGUUGCUGCUGGUCUUGCCGCUACCAGCAUUGAUCUGCCCGCUAUCAGGGGCGUGGGAAUGGUUGCUGACGAUGAUGACGCACACCGCCGCAUCGAGUCUCUCGGAACCGAGUCUUUAUCUAUCGACAGUGUACUGGGAAUCAUAGGCGCCGCAAUCGAGCGUGACAUGAAUCUGCAGCAGAGACGAUCUGGCAAAGCCAAGUCUCCUAAUGAGGCUCAGGUUAUUGCAGGUCUAUUGCCAUGGAGUCUUUUGGCCCCGGAGGCCAACAUCACACGCGAUAGACGCUUUGGCACGUUGAGACUUGCGAGGUCUUCCUCGUCUUCCGAAGCGUUUUCCGAUGACACAACCAUGGACCCAACGGCACUGCUCAUACAUGGCCUUCAUAUCAAGAAGGGCGGCGCACCUAUGGAAGAGGCAAGAGAAAAGGUGGCAGGAGGUAUAGCAGCACGCCUAGCCUCCAUUUUCAACGUGCCCGUCGAAAGUAUAGACCAAGGUGCGGCAAUAUCAGCCCAUGGAGUUGAUUCCUUGGUUGCGGUUGAUCUGCGGAACUGGCUUGCUACGGCCAGCAAAGCGAAGUUAUCAAUUUUCGACAUCAUGCAGAGUUCCUCUUUGAGAGAGUUUGCUGGUUUGGUGGUGGAAAGGAGUGCGUUGUCGAAGUAG